AUGACUAACGGCGCACCCCACGCGGCAACAGAGCCGCUGCUCAACAGCAAGCAACGAAGCGGCUUGGCCUCAGUCCACCACUCACUCAAGAACGCGCAAGCUCAAGUUUCGCUGCUCCUCGACCAAGUCGCCGAUAUCGCAAUCAAGAAUAUGCUGACCGAGUUGGCUGAUGAUGUAGACGUGGUGAUUAAGAGUGUGGACGACAUUGGUGCCAGCGCUGCUCACCCUGACAAACGGGUCAGGAUUUAUGAUCCAAGGGAUCCCGAGUUUCAAGCGACCCAGGCGAAGCUCAGUCGACAAGAGUAA